UUUUCAAGGGGCGGGAUGGAGCGAGCCGGCUGCUGUUAGAGAAUGAAUGAUAUGCUGCUCGACUCGUACAAACACUGCGCUGGUGUGGCUAUUGUGUGCUAAGCGGACAGCACUUUCUACGGAUAAGACUGGGGAUUUCAGGGAAAAUCUGAAAUAAAUACCGGGGGAACAAAUAUUUAUUUUCCUGAAAUGCAACUGACCACGUGUGAGCCCACUGCCACGCCUGGAGCCGCGGUGAUGGAGCCUCCCCGAGCAGGCGGCCUGAUGGAGACGUCCCGCGGUGCACGCGAUAGCAAAGCCUCCCUGGAUGACUGCACCGUGGACGCGGCAAAUGAGUCUUCAGAGGAAGAGUCCACUGGGGAAAGAGAGGAGGAGAUCUGUGCACAGGCUGAAGCUCCAGAGGUCCCUGCUGAGCAGGCCUCCAACGCGCAAACAGUGAACACCAAGCGACCGAACUCCCUUCCGGUGGCAGCGGCAGAAGGGCUCGGCCUGUGCACGUCACGGGGCGACGCCGAGGUGAGGCUGAGGAUGGGCGACUCGGGCUUGGCUGCCGAGACCCCUCUGACCGUCAACCAGAUGUUCACCUCGGCUGUGGAGCACUUUGGCGACUUCAAAGCUCUGAGCUGGAAGGAGGGCGCGCAGGAGAAGAGCCUGAACUACAGAGAAUAUUACAAGAGCUGCCGCGCAGCUGCCAAGAGCUUUCUUAAGCUUGGUUUGCAGCGUUACCAUGGCGUCGGCAUCCUGGGUUUCAACUCGGCUGAGUGGUUCAUCUCUGACAUUGGCGCUAUUUUGGCUGGCGGGUUUGCUGUUGGCAUCUACACCACCAACUCUCCCGAGGCCUGCCAGUACGUAGCCGACAACAGCAAGGCCAACGUCAUUGUGGUGGAGAAUCACAAACAGCUGCAGAAAAUCCUUCAGGUUGAGGACAAGCUGCCACACUUGAAAGCCAUCGUCCAGUACAAAGAUGAAGUGAAAGAGAAAAGACCAAAUCUGUACUCCUGGGCGGAUUUCAUGGAGUUUGGCCGCGAUGUGCCGGACGCGCGCCUCGAUGACAUCAUCUCCGGCCAGAAGCCCAACCAGUGCUGCACGCUCAUCUACACCUCCGGCACCACAGGCCAGCCCAAAGGAGUCAUGCUCAGCCACGACAACAUAACGUGGACCGCGCUCUCCACCGGCCGCCACGUCAGUCUGACCAACGCCACUCAGAACCAGGAGGUUGUGGUCAGCUACCUGCCGCUCAGCCACAUCGCUGCUCAGAUGGUCGACAUCUGGGUCACCAUGAGGGUCGGAGGGGCGACCCACUUUGCCCAGCCGGAUGCGCUGAAGGGCUCCCUGGUAAACACUUUGAAGGAAGUGCGUCCCACGGCCUUCAUGGGCGUCCCGCGUGUCUGGGAGAAGAUGCAGGAGAAGAUGAAGUCGGUCGGAGCCAAAUCGUCAACUGUUCGCAGGAAACUGGCCUCUUGGGCCAAAGAUGUCGGCCUGCAGACCAAUUUGACCAAAAUGAAUCCGAGCGAAGCGGCUGGCCGCACGCCCAUCAGCUACAAAAUAGCCAAACAGCUCGUGUUCAAAAAGGUGCGUAAGGCUCUGGGCCUGGACCGCUGCAGCAGGUGCUACACUGGUGCUGCUCCCAUAACCAAAGACACCCUGGAGUUCUUCCUCAGCCUGGACAUCCCUCUGUACGAGCUGUACGGCAUGAGCGAGAGCACCGGACCUCACACAAUCUCCGUCGCCGAGGCCUUCAAGCUCACCAGUUGUGGCAAGGAGAUCCCAGGGUGCAAGACCAAGCUGCACAGCCCAGACGAGGAAGGGAACGGGGAGCUGUGCUUCUGGGGCCGUCACGUCUUCAUGGGUUACAUCAACAUGCCCGACAAGACGGAGGAGGCUCUGGACGCGGAGGGUUGGCUGCACUCCGGGGACCUGGGCAGACACGACCAGAACGGGUUCCUCUUCAUCACCGGGAGAAUUAAAGAGCUGAUCAUCACUGCGGGAGGAGAGAACAUCCCUCCUGUUCCCAUCGAAGAUGCUGUGAAGGAGGCCGUGCCGCUGAUUAGUAAUGCCAUGCUGAUCGGAGACAAGAGGAAGUUCCUUUCUAUGCUGCUCACCAUCAAGUGCCAGCUAAACGCAGAGUCGGGAGAACCAGAGGACGAACUGACACCGGAAGCCAUUGAGCUCUGCAAGAAGUUGGGCAGCGACGCCACCAAAGUGUCAACGAUCGCAGGCGGCCAGGACAAAGCGAUCCACGCCGCCAUUCAGGAGGGAAUCAACCGAGUGAACAAGGAGGCGAGCUCCAACGCGCAGCGCAUCCAGAAGUGGAUCGUUCUGGAUCGGGAUUUCUCCGUGUCGGGAGGAGAGCUGGGCCCGACCAUGAAGCUGAAGAGGCCGGUGGUUGUGAAGAUGUACAAGGAGCAGAUCGACAGCUUUUAUAAGGAGCUGGCGACUCCAACGAGCCCCGACUUUCCGCUGCCUGCCAAAUGAAGCCGAAGCAGCUCCUCAUUCAGACUGUCGCAGUCAUUAAUCCAGCCAUUACUCUUCUGUCUAAAUGUUUUGAUUGCCUUAAAGUUGUGUCGCUCUGUCUCGGUUUCACGUUUGCUCCGUUGCAUCUGAGGAGGCAUCGUGGAAUCGCUCCGCGGUCCAUGAGUGGAGGUCAGCUGUUUGCUGGGAGGAACCGGGAUCUCAGAUCCAUGAAGUAGCAGCAGCUGUUUGUGAGGAAGGUUUAUUUUGCUGCAUUACUUGAGAUCAGUGGCCGAAUCCAAAAAGUUGGUAGAAUGUUUUUAAAGAUUUAUUUCUUAUUCAAUGUGUUUUUCUUAAUUUAUUUUUGGUUUACCAAAGUUUACAUGGGCAAAUGACUCCAUUUGUAAUUUAACAAUCCUAUGCAAAUGUUUUCUGGCAUUUUACAUGUAUUUGGUCGUUUUCCCGUCUUUGUCUGUUAUUUUUUAUAUGUUUUCAAAGAAAGUCAAUGUUUUCUCCAGAGGUAGUUGCAGUUAGAGGUGUGGAUCUCCAUCUCAUAGCUUAGCAGCCACAUUUUGUUUUUCAUGCUGUGAAGACGCCAUUGAAGCCAUAUCUCUUCCCUUUUGGAAGUGGAAGGUCAUUCUCUGUUGUUCUUAGACUCAGCUGCCUGCUUCUGUUGAAAUGUUUUAUGUCAAGCCCCUAUGUACUUUUUGUGGAAUAUUGUAAAUAUAUUUUGCCUACACCAUCAUGUUUAUUUUUUACAUGUAUUAAGCACCGCUAUAAAUCUUAUGCGGAAUUAUUUGCAGUCAAUCAAAGAAACAAAUACUUAUUUGGAAUGGAAAAUGUACAAAAGUUAUAUACAGCUUCAAUGGCAAGUAUAUCGACUGGUCUGUUGCCAUCCCUCGUGCAAAUAAAUGUACAUGUUUAAGGUUUUGAUCCAGAGACUUUGCCCUCGAAGGCAUUUCGAACAUCUUUGAACAAAAUGUUUGAAAAAGGAAGUGAAAGAGUUUGUAGUCCAAAGAGCUGAUCUUGUAUAUGAAGUAAUUCUGUAUAUAAUGAGCAUAUCUUAGGUAUUUGUUGUACUCUAGGUGGUUCACAGUCAAGGCGGGUUUGGCGGUUAUGGUUUGCUCAAAGGAACUUGUUCAGGGUAUAAAAACAGAGACAUUAUUAUGUGUGUGUAUGAAGUUAAAUAAGGAAUGACGGUGAUCCAGUGUCUGGAUUUACCUGAUCUGAAAGAACUAGUCGAGAAUAUCAGGGUUGAAAUGUAGAAAUAUUCAUGAAGGAGAAAAAGGAUGCAUGCAUGUUUCUGGCUACAGACGUGUGAAUGUUGGGUGUUUGAUCACGGAAUAAAACUUUGAAUUCCCUGA